CUCGAUUUUCCAUAAGACGAUUUUUCAGAUUGAAAAAGUAUUUACGAAUCGUAUUAAUUAUUCUGACAAUUUGCAGUAUGGUUUCUAUAUCCAAAAUAUUAUCAUCGGGAUUGAUAUUUGCAUCUCAAGAUCAAUUUAGAGAUGUAAAUGAUGCUUCACUUCUGGCUAAAGAACAAUACAAUAUAGUUAAAUAUUUAGCAGCUGCUGGACCCUAUAUUCAAAAUCCAGGAAAUGGGAUCAGUACCGAGAUUCCAGAACAAUGCAGUGUUGAACAGGUUCAAUACUAUUCUAGACAUGGUGAAAGAUUCCCUGGGAUUUCUGCUGGUAAGAAACAUCAAAAGUUGGUUGACAGAUUACAAAAUUAUUCAAAAUCAAUCAAUGGUCCAUUAUCAUUCUUGAAUGAGUAUACCUAUUACGCUAAUGAUGAUUUAUACGAAUAUGAAACCACCCCAAGUAAUUCGCCUGGUCCAUACACUGGAUAUGAAACUUUGGCUAAAGCCGGAUCUAGUUUCAGAGCUAGAUAUAAUGAUUUAUAUGAAAAACAAAAAGAUGAUAAAUUACCAAUUUUCAUCGCUGCUUCUAAAAGAGUUUAUGAUUCAGCCAUUUUUUUCACUCAAGGGUUCCUUGGGGACGAAUUUAGUGAUGACAAGUAUGAAAAAGUGGUUGUUAGUGAAGAAAAAUCUCAAGGGGUCAAUUCUUUAACUCCUCGUUGGGCAUGUCCUGAAUUCAAUAGUAGUUCUAAUAAAGAAUACGUUUCUCAAUUUCCUUCUACUUAUCUUGAUGAUAUCGUUGACCGAGUCACUAAAGAUAAUGACGGUUUAGAAGUUUCUACUGAUGAUGUUAAAAAUUUCUUUGAAUUAUGUGCUUAUGAAUUAAAUUCAAAAGGUUAUAGUCCAUUUUGUGAUUUAUUCACUCAAAAUGAAUUUGUUAAUUACGCUUACGCUAAUGAUUUGAAUUUCUAUUAUAGUUCUGGUCCAGGUGGUAAUUAUACUAAAGAAAUCGGUUCAGUUCAAUUAAAUGCAAGUUUGGCUUUAUUAAAAGAUGAUGAUUCAAAUAAUAAAAUUUGGUUAACUUUCUCUCAUGAUACCGAUAUCGAAAUCUUCCAUGCGGCUUUGGGCUUAUUUGAUCCAAUUAACCCAUUACCUAAUGAUCGAGUUGAAUUUAGAGAUACUUAUCGUCAUACGGACAUUGUUCCAAUGGGUGGGAGAACAAUUACUGAAAAAUUGAAGUGCGGUGAUGAUACCUUCGUCAGAUUUGUCAUCAACGACGCCGUGGUAACCGUGCCUGGCUGCUCAAAUGGUCCUGGGUUCAGUUGUAAAUUACAAGAUUUCGAAAAUUACAUCGAAAAGAAAAUCGGUUCCAUCGAUUUCCACCAAAAUUGUAAAGUUCCUGCUGACAUUCCUCAAUUCUUGACCUUCUACUGGGACUACUCCUCCGGCCAAUACAACGCCGAAGCCCCAAGAACCACCGCUUGAUUGGCAUCUUCUGAUUGCUCAAUCCAAUUAAAAUAAAAUACCUUAAUAAAAUUGCAAAAC